AAUCGCCAACAACUUCCCAGGACGUGUUUAUUACCGACCGCUGCCAAAAUGGAUUUAACAAACCGGAAAACCAGAGUCUCAUGAAUUACAUCUGAUUCACUGACUUACUCGGUUGUGUUUGUAUAAACUAACGUGUUUUGUGUCGUAAUUUCCACGAGAGCUCAUGACUGUUUACGUUGUUCAGAGCGCCGAAGCUAAGCUAAGCUAACUGUACACAGUGUUGUGUUUGUGAUAUGAACUGGUCAGCAGCCUGUUAUUGAGGAUGUACACUUUAUUAUCGGGUCUCUACAAAUAUAUGUUUCAAAAAGACGAGUAUUGCAUCCUGAUCCUCGGUCUGGACAAUGCGGGAAAAACGACAUUUCUGGAACAAACAAAAACAAAAUUCAGCAAAAACUACAAGGGCAUGAACCUUUCGAAGAUCACCACGACAGUCGGCCUCAACAUCGGCACCAUCGAUAUGGGAAAAGCUCGUCUGAUGUUUUGGGAUCUUGGAGGACAAGAAGAACUACAGUCUUUAUGGGAUAAGUACUAUGCAGAAUCUCAUGGUGUCAUCUAUGUCAUCGACUCCACCGAUGAGGAGCGACUGGGCGAAUCAAAGGAAGCUUUCGAGAAGAUGAUCAGCAGUGAAGUUCUGGAAGGAGUUCCUCUUCUUGUGCUGGCCAACAAACAGGACGUUGAGGACUGUCUGUCUGUGCCCGACAUUAAGACUGCUUUCAGCGACUGCGCUUCCAAAAUCGGUAAAAGAGACUGUCUGGUGCAGCCCUGCAGUGCUUUAUCAGGGCAGGGCGUGAAUGACGGCAUUGAAUGGAUGGUCAAAUGUGUGAUCCGGAACAUUCACCGCCCACCCAGACAGAAAGACAUCACAUAGAGCGGCUUCUCUCUGUGUGUGUGUGUGUGUGUGUGUGUGUGUGUGUGUGUG